AUGGUGACAGGAAAUGUUUUCUGCACAGACGUGAGAAUAGGACUCGUGACAACAGCAGCACCUAAGCUUGUGAAUUACAAGACAACGGUGGUAGAUGGAUGAGAUCAGCCUGUAUGGGUACCAGGAAGAGGUGGUGCAGCCAGCCCUGGAGGGCAAGAACAUUAUCAUCUGGCUGCCGACAGGAGGGGGGAAGACUCGAGCUGCCGUCUAUGUGGCCAAGAGACACUUGGAGUCCAAACCAGGGGCCAAGGUGGCAGUGUUAGUCAAUAAGGUUCACCUGGUGGACCAGCAUUUCAACAAGGAGUUCCAGCCGUUCCUGGGGAAGACGUACAAAGUCGUGCACAUCAGCGGCGAUUGUGACCAGAAGGACUUCUUCGGCAAAGUGGUCCGGGACAGCGACGUGGUCAUCUGCACCGCCCAGAUCCUGGAGAACGCCCUGAGGAACAUGGAGGAGGAAAAACACGUGGAGCUCACAGACUUCACCCUGCUGAUCAUCGACGAGUGCCACCACACCCACAAGGACAGCGUAUACAACAAGAUCAUGCAGCGCUACGUGGAACACAAGCUGCAGAGAGAGCCGGGCCUGCCCCAGGUUCUGGGGCUCACCGCCUCACCCGGGACUGGGGGCGCCAGGACCUUCGAGGGAGCCAAGGAGCAUGUGCUGCAGAUUUGUGCCAACCUGGACGCCUCGGCCAUCAUGUCUUCCAAGGAGAACAUCCAGGAGCUGCAGAAGAAAGUCCCCAAACCCGUGAAAAAGUAUGACAUCGUCAAGAUGAGGCAGGAGGAUCCCUUUGGGGAUCACCUGAAGUGGAUGAUGGGAGAGAUCCAUGACUUCAUGUCGGUGAAAGAUGUCAGCAGGGAUUUCGGCUCGCAGGAGUACGAGGAGGAUGUGGUGCUUCUGGAGAAGCGAGGAGCGACAGAGGGUAACAGGAUGCUGACUCAGUGCGCUCUGCACCUGCGAAAGUACAAUGACGCACUGCUGAUCAACGACACAGUGCGCGUGGUCGACGCCCUUCGGCUGCUGGAUGACUUCUACAGCGCUCAGGUGGAGAAGCGGACUGGGCUGGACGUCACUGACUACUUCCUGUUCGGCCUCUUUCAGGAAAACAAACCUGAGUUGCGGACACUGGCAGCUAUGACCAAGUUUGAGAACCCCAAACUGGGGCAACUUCAGCACACUCUGCUGGAGCAGUUUGGGGCCAAGGAGGACUCGCGAGGAAUCCUCUUUACAAAGACCCGCAUAAGCACCCACUGCCUGUACGACUGGGUCUCCACCAACCGCCAGCUUCAGGAGGCCAGCAUCAAGGCCUCCAUACUGACUGGAGCUGGAAACCAGGCCAGUCACAUGACCCAGAACGAUCAGAAGCAGACGAUCCAGAAGUUCCGUGAGGGCGCCCUCAAUCUACUCAUCUCCACCAGCGUGGCCGAGGAGGGCCUGGACAUCCCAGAGUGCAACCUGGUGGUGCGCUACGGGCUGCUGACCAACGAGAUCGCCAUGCAGCAGGCCAGCGGGCGUGCCCGCGCGGGGGACAGCGUGUACUCGGUGGUGGCUCCGGCCGGCGGGCGCGAGGUGCGGAGGGAGCGCACCAACGAGUACCUGGAGGAGCUGACGGGCCGGGCCAUCGCCGAGGUGCAGGGCAUGGCCCCCCGUGAUUUCCAGCGACAGGUUUCGGAGCUGCAGAGGCAGGCGGUCAUCUCUCGCCGGCUCGCAGAACAGCUGGCGGAGAACAAGAGGAACCGCUACCCAGCCUCCAGCGUACGGCUCCACUGUCGGACCUGCGACACCCCUGUCGCUUGCGGCGACGACAUGCAGCUCAUCGACAACACGCACUAUGUGAACAUCAACCCCGACUUUGAGAUUUACUAUAAGGCAGGAGGAAGGGUGCAGCUGGAGAGGAAGUUUGAGGACUGGGAGCCUGGAUGUCUGAUCAGCUGCGCAAACUGUGGCAGGGAGUGGGGCAUGGAGAUGAUCUAUAAGAAGGUGACUCUACCCAGCCUGGCCAUCAAGAACUUUGUGUUGGAUACUCCUGAAGGCAGGCAGCCGGGCAAGAAGUGGAAGGACGUCAAAUUCUGCGUGGAGGAGUUCAAGUACGUGGAGUACUGCAUCAGCAAGUUCCCGGACCUUCUCUGAGGACAGCGGCUGUCCGCUCAUGCCAGUUCAGGGGUUGUAGUGGGGCUUCCCCCCUUUACAACUUCACCACAGCUGCCUCUAAGGCAGUAAUGUGAAGCACCACAGCUAAGAGCUGUUCUUAUCUGA